UCAAUACAAACUGUUUAUCAUUAUUACCUUGAUAGAACAAUUUCAUAGUUUAAUUAUCAUAAAUAUCAACAAACAGUGGAUGAUUAGUUUUAGUCAUAUUCAAUAAUGUCUAUUCAUAAAGUACAGGACUAAUACAUCUUCUUAUUUAAUACUCGUCGUUUGGAUGUAAUUGUAUUCCAGUUUUGGUAUUUAUAACAGAAGUUGAUCUCAGUACUUAUCGCUGAGCUAUUAAAUCGAGUUCCAAGUAGGAUAAAACUCAUAUGUUACAUUCAAUUAAUAAGCACUAUCUAGCUCUAGUAAAAUACUUGUGAAUGUUUCAGAAAUUCUAGUCAAUCUGCUCAGGAUAUGCAUAUGUUAUUAGAGACUAGUCGAUUCCUAACAGUAUAAAAUACAUUUUCUUGACGGUAUUGUCUCUGAAUAACUAUGUGAAACACAACAAUUUAAUACCAACUAGCAUUUAGUAAAUCCUACAUUUCUGUCUACUUGCGUUUGUCAUAUAAUUAUUAGCAUAGCAGUACUGAAUAUUGAAUUACUGUUUGAAUAUUUCGCUGUAUAAACGUAUUUGUCAAAUCAAAUUAGCCUUCAAAGAAGAAAAACAAUUACAAUCACUGUUACAAAACAACAAUCAAAGUGCUGAACGGCUAUAUCUAGAGUUUUUUCAGUUAUCUUUUGGGAUACAGUAUGGUACAUUGAAUAAUAUUCACUGACCACAAUGGUGAGGACUAUUAACGCUUUAUUAACUUAGCUACUGUGUCCAGAUAGCCACCAAAUUGUUCAACAGUGAAUCUAUGACAGCCAGUUUACUUUUCAUGUUUGCUAUAACACAGUGUAUAUUUGGAUUUGUAUUACCGAUAUGUGAUUCAUUUGGUAUGAAAGGAUCUAAACUUUAUUAUGAAGCAGAUCAUAAGUAUUAUUUGGAAAUAUUUCUAAUUUCUCAAUAUUGUGGAGCGUUACUUGUAUUAGCUUAUUUACAAUAUUUAAUUUAUAGUGGAACUAAAAAACAGUUAAAACAAGCCCUUAUUCAUGAAAUUUAUAAAUCUAAAACUGGUCGUCAAUUAGUUGAUGAUAAACAUAUGAUAAUUAAUGAACAUCAUGAAUUAAGUGAACCAAAUAUAUUGAUAAAAUCAGAUUAUACAAAUAAUUCCUCACCAGUUAGUCCAAUUGAUAAACCAUCUGAUAUUGAAUCAACAACAAGUGAACGACAACUGACACGAUUAAUUCAUCUUUACAAUGAUAAUAAAAAUAAUCAAGAGAAACCUUAUAUAUCAAUACAUCCGGAAGGAAUGAAUUUAUAUAUGCGACUUGGAGCAGUUGGUUUCGGUUUAGGAGUAAUGAUUCAUGAUGGUUUCAAUUUGUCUUCAGUAUGGGAAGUCAGUGAUUCAGUAUGUCACAGUAAACUUUGGAUACCAAAACAUAUAAUAAGAAUAGUUUGGGUACUUUGGCAAACAUAUUUUGUGUUCAAAUAUCAUAGAGUUAUAUUACACCGUCAUCGAGUAACAGUACGUUUGUCUUGUAUACAUUUGGCUACAAUAAAUUUUUGUCAUUGGCUUAAAGUUGUAGUUAGUGAAGUGGCGUUAAGUUUAAAAACACCAGUUUCUCAUUCAUCAACAGUUCAUUCACAUCAUAUUUCAAAUCUUGUCAUUGAAAAGCAUAAUAUGACUGAUAUUUCAUUGAAUCCUUACAAUGGAAAUUAUACUCAAAAUAGUCACUAUACUAAAAGUGAUACAUUGGCCGGAACAAUAAAUCAACAUAACAAUAGUAAUAUCUCUAAACUAUGCCUUGGUUAUUUGGGUGUAACACUUGAUCCAUUUUUAUUUCCAUUAGCUAUUGAAUAUAGUUUAAUAACUGGAUCAUUCUUUUAUAAAAUGUUACAACGUUUAGAUCAAACAUUUCCAAAAUCAUUUAAUCGUACAUCAAAUGGUAGUGAUUGUCUUGCAUUGAAUUCAUCAAGUUUAUUUAGUCCAUCACCAACAUCAAUCUCUAAUAGUAUAAAUAAAAGUGAAUUUGAUAAAUUCUUUGAUGAUGAUAUCUCAGAACAACAACAACAACAACAACAAUAUCAUCCAGAAUGUACAAAACACAUGUCAUAUAGACCAGUAAUGGGAUGUAAAGUAUUUCUUCCAUUAUUGAAAAAGAAUAAAUUACCAAUAUUAAGUGAAAAUUACACAGCACCUAUAGUUGAAGACAAUAAAGAAAUAUCUGAUGAUAAUAAUAAUAAUGAUAAUGACUAUGAAAAAUCAUUAAAAUUCAAUACAGAACAUCAAUGUCAUCGUUCACAUACUGGUUUAUUUUUAGGUAUAAUGUUAUUAAUAGGUAGUAUUGUAUGUAUGGUAUUAUUUAUAAUACGUGGACGUAAUGGUUAUAAACAAUUUGCUGCAUAUAUUUAUCAAAAAUCUAAAUUAACUUUAUCAACAAUUAGUUUAUUAGCAUGUAUUAUAGCAAUAAAACAAACGAAUCAAUUAAAAUUUCAUCGUUUAAAACAUGGUGAAAAUUUUGAAUAUAAUUUAUUAACUAUUGGUUUAAUUGGUUGUAUUAUAUAUCAUAUGUUCUUAUUUAUACCAGCCUUAGAAACAAUCAUUCAUAUAAUGAUCAUUCAUUCAAAUGAUGAUAUUAAAGAUUAUUAUAUUUUAUAUUUAACAAAUGAUCAUAUAAAAUAUACAGCUAUAUUAUAUAUUAUUAAAUGUACAUUAGAAAUAUGUCAAGCAUUAAUACAAUUUUUUUUUAUUGUUGAAACAUCAAGACGUAAAGUAUGUUGUAUAAAUCAAUCAAGAAUAAAACCAGGACGUUCAAUUAUUGUCUUUUUAUUAAUAUGUAAUUUAGCAUUAUGGUUAAUUAAUACAUUUGAAGUAAGAAGUGCUGAAACACAAUUACCAUUAUAUAGACAAUAUUUUGGUGUACGUACAUGGUCUGUUAUAACCUAUUGUUUUAUACCAUUAAUUAUAUUUUUUCGUUUUCAUUCAACUGUAUGCUUAGCUGAAUUAUGGACAAAAUUAUAUACAUUAAGGUGAAUUGAUUACUUUCUCUCUCUCUCUCUCUCUCUCUCUUUAUCUCUAUCUGUCCAACUCCCUUACACACACACACACACACACACAGAGUUCAGUUUGUUUGAUUCAAUUAAAAAAAUGUAAUUGUUUGUGUUCACAUGUAUCUAGAAAUGUAAUUAGGAUACAUUUUAUGAAUGAUAUAUAUAUAUAUAAAUGAAAAUAAAACAUCGUUAUCCUUUGUUCA